CACAGAACCAUUACUAACAGAUUGUAUCACUGAAGAUGAAGAAAGGUGAAACAAUCCAAAAAAAAAAAUCUGAUUUAAAUCCUAAAAAACAAAUUCAAAUUUCGCAGCAGAUUGUUUUGUGUGACCCAGUGGAGGGCCCCGACCCUCAGCCCGGUCCCGACCAGCCCGGUCCCGACCCCCAGCCCGGUCCCGACCAGCCCGGUCCCGACCCUCAGCCCGGUCCCGACCAGCCCGGUCCCGACCAGCCCGGUCCCGACCCUCAGCCCGGUCCCGACCAGCCCGGUCCCGACCCUCAGCCCGGUCCCGACCAGCCCGGUCCCGACCAGCCCGGUCCCGACCCUCAGCCCAGUCCCGACCCUCAGCCCAGUCCCGACCAGCCCGGUCCCGACCAGCCCGGUCCCGACCAGCCCGGUCCCGACCAGCCCGGUCCCGACCCUCAGCCCGGUCCCGACCCUCAGCCCAGUCCCGACCCUCAGCCCGGUCCCGACCAGCCUGGUCCCGACCCUCAGCCCAGUCCCGACCCUCAGCCUGGUCCCGACUGCUUUAGUUUUGUUGAGAAACACUAACGCUGAAUGUUUGAUUCCACUUUAACUCCUCCCUUCAGAAACUCUAUAAUUGAUGCUGUUAAAAUUCACUGGAAUCUGUAAAACAAAAUAAAUGUUUUUAAAUUGAACAGAAAGAGAAGAAAAUAUAGUUUUCUGAGUGAACUUGUUGAAUAAUUUUGUAAUAAAAAAAUGAUUUUCUCUCA